AUGGGUUACCCAUCCAUAGGGGACUAUGGAUUGAUUGGAGACAUGCAUACAUGCGCGCUCAUUAGUAAAUAUGGAAGUAUCGAUUUCAUGUGUUGGCCAGUAUUCGACUCACCGUCAAUAUUUUGCCGUCUUUUGGACAUGAAGAAAGGUGGAUAUUUUUCAAUCACCCCAGCAUCAGAGAGUAAAGCAAUCAGCAAGCAGAGAUAUCUUCCAUACACCAACAUGCUUGAAACUAAAUGGAUUGACGAUGAAGGAGUCGUGGAUAUAUGUGAUUAUUUUCUCGUUUCAAAAAGCAGGCCGCCUUCUGGUCCAGAGAGCGGUAUUGUGUCAGGAUGGUGUCCCUGUAAAGAAUCAAAACACGAUCGUCGCGAGGACUCCAUUCGCCAUUCCUGCCUUAUAAGAAGAAUGACUUGUGAACGGGGCAGCAUGGAUUUGACAGCAAGGAUCUUCCCCGCGUUCAAUUAUGCUCGUGGCAAACAUCAAAUGAUCAAUUGUCCAAGUAGCGAAUGCAUCAAUGGGCGUCAAAUACGAACAAUGAUUUUCAAAAGUAAUACGGAAACGAUGGUGCUCGAUAUUUUUAUCGACAGCAGCAGCGACGAUAAAUAUGGAUUUCCAGUGCUUCAACUUGAAGCAAAACAGGGAGUAGAUUUCAAAGGACAAGGAAUCGAUGCGAAGAUAACCAUAUCAUAUAAGCAAUCAAUUACCUUCAUCGUCCGUGGCGACCGAACAGCAAUCCCACAGAUAGAAAAUAUACCCGCAUACAUUGGUCAAGUAGAAUAUGAGACCUUCAGCUUUUGGAAGAGCUGGGCAAAAAAAUGCACCUUUACAGGGCACUAUCGCGAGCAAGUUCUCAGAAGCCUUCUAGUAUUAAAACUUCUCACCUACAGGCCCACUGGCGCCAUUAUUGCAUCGCCAACCUUCUCCUUGCCCGAAACCGUUGGGGGUAAUCGCAAUUGGGACUAUAGAUAUUCAUGGAUCCGCGACACUUCAUUUGCCCUAUACGUGCUUCUCGAAAAUGGUUACAGCGAAGAAGCAGAGGAAUAUAUGGGCUUUAUUUACGAUCGUAUCAUUCCCUCCGUCACGAGGAGAGCUGUGGAAUCUCCCUCAAAACAAUCACUACCAGUUGUCCUCACAAUUAGAGGCGAGUGCGAUAUUCCAGAAAUGGAAUUAGAUCACUUGGAAGGCUAUCGAUGUAGUCGGCCCGUCAGAAUUGGAAACGGGGCGACAUCGCACAUACAAAUCGACACGUUUGGAGCAUUACUUGAUAGUAUUUAUCUCUACAAUAAAUUUUCCGGUCCCAUCUCUUUUGACCACUGGGUCGAGAUAAGAAGGGUUGUCAAUCAAGCCAUAUCCUUGCGCCACGAGUCCGACAUGUCGAUCUGGGAAGUACGAGGCGCCAAACAGAACUUCGUAUAUUCCAAAAUUAUGCUUUGGGUGGCUGUUGAUCGGGGCUUGAGGCUAUCCGAAAAGAGAUCUAAUCUCCCUUGUCCCGAUCGCCCUAUGUGGAUUGCCGUACGCGAUGGGUUAUAUGAAGAGAUCAUGGAAAAGGGGUUUAAUAGUGAACUUGGGUUUUUCUGCUUGAGCUAUGAAAAUCAAGAAGUUCUCGAUGCUUCGCUGCUUAUCGCGCCCCUUGUACUGUUCUUGGCUGCUGAUGAUCCACGAUUCCUGAGUACCCUAGAUAACAUAAUGAGGACGCCUGAGGCUGGCGGGUUGACCAGCGCAAAUCUGGUUUUCAGGUACGACCACAAAAAGGCAAAUGACGGGGUCGGAGGACGAGAAGGUACUUUCAUUAUGGUCACAUUCUGGCUUAUUGAGGCUAUGAGCCGCGUGACCAAGAGGAAUAUUCAAGACCACCCCAAUCUGAUGAAACUCCGUGACAACGCCUUUUCUUAUUUUGAUAACGUCAUGGCUUUCUCAAACCAUCUUGGCAUGUUCUCAGAAGAAGUAGAUAUUGCCGGGGAACAAGUCGGAAACAUACCCCAAGCCUUCAGUCAUCUUGCCUGUGUAAGUGCAGCGAUGAACUUGAAAGAAUGA